AUGUCGAUUGGAGUUCCUAUUAAGGUUCUCCAUGAAGCCGAGGGUCAUAUUGUGACCUGUGAAACUUCAACUGGAGAAGUCUACAGAGGAAAGCUGAUCGAAGCAGAAGACAACAUGAACUGUCAAAUGGCGAACAUUACGGUUACUUACAGAGACGGUCGAGUUGCCCAGCUGGAAAAUGUCUACAUCAGAGGCAGCAAAAUCAGAUUCUUUGUGCUACCAGACAUGUUAAAGAAUGCUCCGAUGUUUAAAAAAGUUCAAGGCAAAGGUGGCGGCGCUGGUCGUGGAAAGUCGGCAAUUUUGAGAGCACAAGCUGCUCGGGGCCGAGGUCAGCGGGGUCGAGGAGGAGGCAACAUUUUCCAGAAGCGACGUUAG